AUGAGCACAUCUAAACAAAAUAUCAUUUCUCCAGCUGCACCUACUACUAAUCGUAAUCUUAGGAGUAAUUCAAAAAGCUCAGUAAAUUCUAUUUCUACUAAUGACCUUAUGUCAACACUCCAGUCUUUCCGGACUGAAUUCUUAGAAUCUACCAAAUCACAAUCCAAAGUGCAGAUAUCACAGUUCAAUGAGCUUAAAAGUGAUAUACAGAAGCUUUCUUCUCUCACCGCCGAGCUCAAGGCUGAAAACACUCAACUUAAGGAUGAAAUUAACAUCCUCAAAAAUAAAGUUGAGAUCCUUGAAAGCACUGAGUCGGUGGUUCAUUCUAAUUCGUCGCUUUCUCAAAUGCUUCAAGAAGUCUCUGAGAGAGAACUUUGUGCUCACAAUGCUUUGGUAUACGGCCUAUCGGAAUCAUCUUCCACGUCUGCUCCUCAACGAAUUAGUGACGAUAAAAUAGCUUUGGAAAAAACUCUUGGACAGUAUAGCAGUAUCAUUCCUAAAUCCACCAUGAAGCUUGUCCGUCUUGGAAAAGUGCGUCAAGAUCAUAUUCGCCCUUUGAAAAUUAUCUUUCAAUCCAAAGAUGAACCAAUCAACUUCAUACGCGGCUUCACUGAUGCUAAGCUAGGUGGAGCUAUGUUCCCAACUAAUUUCCGGAUUGUCAGGGAUAAAACUGUCUAUGAACGUGGUUUACUUCGGUCUUGUCAUUCCGAACUUGACCGCAGGGCUGAAUCUGGUGAGGUUGGUCUACGGAUACGAUAUGUCAAUGGUGUGCCAAAAAUUAUACAAGAUAAUUCAAAAAACCGGGUCCCUGGAAGCGGAUCCAAUCAUCAACCUCAACCCUAA